AUGGCCGAGGAAGAAGUUUUAGAAGGUUCUCUGGGAGAAGAGGGAGCUGAAAGCGAUGAUUUUGGUAAUUUUUCAGAUGCUUCGUUCGAGGAACAAGAUGAAGUGGAAAGGUAUUUAGAACAGCUUCUACCGAAGGAUACGUGCGAACCGUCAAGUCAGAGAAAUGGGAGGGAAAAUUCGGGUCUUGUUGAACUUCUGAAAGAUGAGAGACCAAGGGUUGUUUAUGAGCAAUUGGUGCAAUUACGACCGGUAUUACAGCCGUUGAAUUGGAAUAAAUCGCAUUUGAAGUCAGAUCUGUGGCAUAUCCUAAGGCUUCCUGAGGAGGAACCGGUUACGGAGGUACCGGUUCCAGAAAGAGCGCUGAACGAUUCGCUUUAUAAGAAGCUCCGAGCCAGUUUAGAAGAUAAGAGUACCGAGACAAAUACAGUGCUUCGGGAUCAAGUUAGGUUUGAUUAUAGUGUUCCCUUGGCACCCAGAUCCUUGCAAUUUGAAGAUGAGGAUGAUAUACCGGGUCUGCUGACUCAGUCAGAGGAAAAAGUCGAUGAUUUGCAGAAAUAUCACGAUCAGUUGUGCCAUGCGGUGGAUGUACUGUUUGGCAAGUUACAGCAGUUGCAGGAACAACAGGAGUCACUGAUCAGCGAUAAGACUACGUUUGAGAAUGUAGUGACCAAUCUAACAGGUCAUACACAGCGACUGUAUAGGGACGAAGUGGCUCUUUACAAUAAGAAAUUGAAGAAGAGGAAUAAAUUUAGUUGGGGUCGUUAG